AUGCGCAUUUUUUCGUUUCCUUCUUCAUUUACUUUGUCUUCUUCAUUCUCUUUGUCGUCUUCUUCAUUUACGUUGUCUUCUUCUUUAUUCACUUUGUCUUCUUCUUUAUUCCCUUUGUCGUCUUCUUUAUUCACUUUGUCGUCUUCUUUAUUCACUUUGUCUUCUUCUUUAAAACUUUGUCAGUUUUUUAUUCACUUUGUUCUUCAAUUUAAUCCCAUUCUUUUAACUAUGUCUUCUUUCAUUUGCGUCUUCUUCUUUUGUUCACUUUGUCGUCUUCUUCGGCGCUUUGUCUUCUUUAUUCCCUUUGUCUUCUUCUUUAUUCACUUUGUCGUCUUCUUUAUUCACUUUGUCUUCUUCUUUAUUCACUUUGUCGUCUUCUUCAUUUACUUUGUCUUCUUUAUUCACUUUGUCUUCUUCUUUAUUCACUUUGUCGUCUUCUUUAUUCACUUUGUCUUCUUCUUUAUUCACUUUGUCGUCUUCUUCAUUUACUUUGUCUUCUUUAUUUUGUCGACUUCUUUAUUCUUUGUCGUCUUCUUUAAACUUUGUCUUUUCUUUCUUUAUUCACUUUGUCGUCUUCUUAUUUACUUUGUCUUCUUUAUUCCUUUGUCGUCUUCUUUAUUCACUUUGUCGUCUUCUUUCUUCUUUAUUCUUUGUCUUCUUCUUUAUUCACUUUGUCGUCUUCUUCAUUUACUUUGUCUUCUUUAUUCACUUUGUCUUCUUCUUUAUUCACUUUGUCGUCUUCUUUAUUCAUUUUGUCUUCGUCGCCAUCUUCCCUUUGGUGGUGGUUUUAAUCUCUCUUCCUCUUUCUUUCUGCAAAUGACAUGA